GUGGCAGUAAAUGAAGAUGGCAUCCUUGCCACUGCAGGUGACAAUGGAAGCCUUUGGUUCUGGGACUGGAAAAGUGGCCACUGCUUCCAGCAAGCCCAGGCAAUUGUUCAACCUGGAUCACUUGAUAGUGAAGCAUGCAUAUAUGCUCUUUCAUAUGAUGUGAGUGGUACAAGACUAGUUACCUGUGAAGCUGACAAGACCAUCAAGAUGUGGAAGGAAGAUGAGAUGGCCACACCAGAAGCCUAUCCUCUUAAUUUCAGGCCACCCAAGGAGUUCAGAAGAUACUAGAAUCUACUUUUUAUUCAGCUCUCUACAUAGAAAUGAUAAUGGGUUGAUAAAUGCACUGUUAGCCAAGUCUAAGCAUCUCUGCUUUAGAAAGAGUUAGCUCAUCAACCAAGGUUUGAAGCAAAACUAGUAAAAUUUUGACACUAACUGAACUUUUUUAUUGAUAUAUGCAGUAAACAUUUGUGAGGAGAAAUUGAUGCUAUGUUGUGUGUUUAGUAUGCUUGAACUGUUCAGAAUGGUUUAGGGUUCUGUGUAUUAUAUUUCAUGAUUUAUUGAUGCAAGGAGGAAGUUGAAAAGGCGCUUCUCUAUUUCUGUA